ACGUGACCCACCCGGGCGUGCAAACAAGCCGGUCAGCUGACCGGACUGCGCCGUCAUCCCGACUAUAAGCGCGCGACCUUUUAGCGUAGGGCUCCGUUCUACCGCCUGGACGCCGCCGCCGCCGCCGCCACCAUCAUGCAGACCCCCGGCGCUGUGCUGCUCGUCCUCGGCCUGCUGGCCGCGUCGGCCACCGCGCUGGUCAGAAUCCCGCUACACAAAUUCACAUCUAUCCGCCGGACCAUGACGGAGGUGGGCGGCCCUGUGGAAGACCUGAUCCUUAAGGGUCCCAUAACCAAAUAUUCCCUGCAGUCACCUGCUGGGACCAAGGGGCCAGUGCCCGAGAUGCUCAAGAAUUACAUGGAUGCCCAGUACUACGGGGAGAUUGGCAUCGGGACGCCCCCGCAGUGUUUCACAGUUGUCUUCGACACUGGCUCUUCCAACCUGUGGGUCCCCUCCAUCCACUGCAAGCUUCUGGAUAUUGCCUGCUGGAUCCAUCACAAAUACAACAGUGGCAAGUCCAGCACCUACGUGAAGAACGGGACCUCCUUUGACAUCCACUAUGGCUCUGGCAGCCUCUCCGGGUACCUGAGCCAGGAUACUGUGUUGGUGCCAUGUAAGUCAUCCCUGGGAAGCAUCAAGGUGGAGAAUCAGAUCUUUGGUGAGGCCAUCAAGCAGCCAGGCAUCACCUUUAUCGCAGCCAAGUUUGAUGGUAUCCUGGGCAUGGCCUACCCCCGCAUCUCUGUCAACAACGUGCUUCCGGUCUUCGACAAUCUGAUGCAACAGAAGCUGGUGGACAAGAAUGUCUUCUCCUUCUACCUGAACAGGGACCCCAGUGGACAGCCUGGAGGGGAGCUGAUGCUGGGUGGCAUUGACUCCAAGUACUACAAGGGUGAGCUGUCCUACCUGAACGUGACUCGCAUGGCCUACUGGCAGGUGCACAUGGAACGGGUGGAUGUGGCCAAUGGACUGACCUUGUGCAAGGGGGGCUGUGAGGCCAUUGUGGACACGGGGACUUCCCUCCUGGUGGGCCCAGUGGACGAGGUGAAGGCGCUGCAGAAGGCCAUCGGAGCUGUGCCGCUGAUCCAGGGAGAGUACAUCGUCCCCUGUGAGAAGGUGUCGAGCCUGCCCGAUGUCACCCUGAGCCUGGGAGGCAAAAAGUACCAACUGUCCUCUGAUGACUACAUUCUCAAGGUGACUCAGAGCGGCAAGACCAUCUGCUUGAGUGGCUUCAUGGGUAUGGACAUACCCCCGCCCAGCGGGCCACUCUGGAUCCUGGGUGACGUCUUCAUCGGCCGCUACUACACGGUGUUCGACCGCGAGAACAACAGGGUUGGCUUUGCCCAGGCCGCCAGGCUCUAGCUUGUCCCGUCCCACCAGCAGGGAAAUGGACCAGAGUCCAGUAGAGGAGGCUGGCCGGCCCCCACCCCUCCACCCACCCACACACACACUCACACUCGAGCCUGGCCCAAGCCGGGCUCACUGUUUUGUUCCGAGGGUUCCCUUCCUGGGUUCAGAGUUGCUGCUGCUGCCUGCCUGCCUGCCUGAGGGGGGCAUGGGGGCCUGUGCAGAACACGGUCCCUUUUGCCGCCUUAGAAGGUCCAGGCUGGCUUGGUGGUCACUAAGUUUGUGCGUCCCAGGAGUCCGCAUCCCUUUCCCAGCCCUGCUGCUUUUGGCUGCGGGGGCAACGCUAGCUGCGCUGAGCCCCGGCCCCGCAACAGACACAGGGGUCCUGGGAUCCCUUCUGGAAACUGUCCUGCCCCGGGCCCCUCAUCCAGCCUGGAGAUGGCCCCAGGUGGCAUGGCCUUGGUCGCCUGUGUGUCUUGGUCCUAGCUGAGGCCUGGCAGUGAACAAGGAGGAGAAGAUGCAAGCCAGCCUCCUGCGCCUGCGGGGCUCCCUGGGACCUGACCCCCCCCCACCCCACCCAGGAGGGCACGCAGUAGCCUAGGGCAGGGAUAGGAUGGCUAGGUGGCUCUGGCUAAUUUCUGCUACCAUCCUCCUGGGUUGGGUUGCCAAGAGCCAAAACUGAUGUAAAAAUACAGUUAAUGUGGGCCUCUU